CCGCGAUGAACCAAACCGUCGGGACCCGCUGGUUCUAUGGGAACUUCUCCAGACUUCUCGAGCGCAUCUACCCAUUUCCAUGACCGAGUAUAUGCGGCAGAUGAUACAACGCCGACGGUGCAGGCAACGUCGAAGAAUGGCACCAGCGAUUCGAUGACCGGCAACAGAGGCAAAGACGCUUCAAAGCGAGCGGGAGAUACAAGGCCGGCCACCUCGAGCUCUGCAGGCACAACUGGGGACCAUGAUGAAGAAGAAGAGCAGCGACCUCCUCUCCCCCCAAGGCCGUCCCUCCUGCAGGCAGACCUGCCGAGUGCUCCCUCGGCUUCAACGAUGCGACCAGCGUUGCAGGCAAAACCUACGACGGCAAUAUCCUCGGUCGAUAUACAGACUUUAUCUUUCCCAGAUGGAACAAGGGGAACGUUCUCGACGCCAGCCAGUCGGACUGUUUCAGAGGCGGUAUCUAUCUCGGCGAUUUCUGGAGGACAGAGCACACCGAGCAGGAAGGGUCGCAAUGGGAGCGACAUUGACGAUGCUACAAGCCUUAUGAGCUAUGCGCCAACAUUGAGGGCAAAUGGGGAUCUCGCAAGCCUGUUAGAUGAGGGGCUGAGUUCGCAGAGUCCUGCUUGGAAGCUGUUAAGUACUCAAGCCGAAACUGUGAAUCCUUUUGAGAAAGUGGACUAUGAGGACUUGUCCCUGGUUGACUUUGAUCACGAAUUCGAUGAGAUAGAAGCCGUGGAUCAAAAGGGGGGCAAUGAAGAAGAACUUCUGCUCCAGUGGAAAUCAAAACUCAAGCACUAUCUGAUUCUAUCAUCUGCUGGGAAGCCGAUAUAUAGUAGACACGGAGAUCAAAAUCUUAUCAAUGGCUACAUUGGGAUCAUACAAACCAUUAUCUCUUUCUUUCAGGGCUCAAAAGACCCGCUGAUGGGAUUUACUGCUGGAAAGACGAGGUUCGUGGUGUCGACUGAUGGGCCGCUAUAUUUCGUUGCUAUUAGCAGGAUUGGGGAAAGCGAUGCGCAGCUCAGGUCUCAACUGGAAGCAUUAUACAUGCAAAUUCUCUCAACUUUGACCCUACCUACGCUUACGCACCUUUUCACAAAUCGGCCCAAUACGGAUCUUCGGAGACCCCUCGAAGGUACCGAGACGCUUCUCUCUUCUCUCGCGGACACAUUUACCAAGGGCUCUCCAUCCGCCCUCCUCUCGGCUCUUGAGUGUCUCAAGAUCCGAAAAUCGCAACGCCAUGUGAUCAACAAUACUCUGCUUAAAGCUCGUACCGAGAAGCUUCUAUACGGCCUCAUUGUCGCUGGCGGGCGACUUGUUAGUGUGGUGAGACCUAAGCGGCACUCCCUCCAUCCGAGUGAUCUCCAGUUAAUCUUCAACAUGCUCUUCGAAGCUGGGAGCGUGAAAGCUGGUGGUGGAGAAAAUUGGAUUCCAGUUUGCCUUCCAGGUUUCAACAACAGAGGAUAUCUCUACAUGUACGUGAGCUUUCUGAGUGCUUUCGACGACGGUGGAGAUCUCGAUGAGCGACCCUCAACCGCGCAUAGCACAAGCCGAGAGGAUGAGAUUGCAAUCCUUCUCAUCAGUGCAGAUAAGGAAAGUUUCUUCGAGCUGAAGCAGAUGCGAGACGACCUAGUCAAGCAAUUAGAAAAGAACGGCAGCAUGGAGAUCAUAAAGACUGCUGUCCGUCAAGGGCGUCCGAGCGCGACAGAUAUUGUGCCAGGAACUCAGUUGAAGCACUUUCUUUACAAAUCGCGGGCGAAUGUUCAAUUUACCAUGCCAUCGUUCUCACCUCACUUCAGCAAUCUUCUUGCUCGACGAAGACUUAUGACUCUAUACCAUAACUUGCACGCAUCAACACACGCCAAACACUCACACCUCAAAGUACUCCACUGCGUGAGUCGCGACAGCAUCUCACUCGCCUGGACAACGCCCGUCUUUGAGUUCUACUGCGUCGCGGGUCCAAAUGCCUCGCGAGCUGGCCUGGCCCAGGGCGCAAACAAAGUCAUCCAGUGGGUGAAACGAGAGGAAGAGAGGGUGUUUAUAAUUGGCGGUGCUGUAUUCUAGGACAUCUUAAAAAGAAAACUUUCUAACUCGCCACCAACUGGUCUUCUGUGGUGGACUGGUGAAGUCUCGCAGCAUCAACUUGGACUCAGCAAUUUGAGCGGCUACUUCCUCCUUGACCUGAAUGAAAUCGUCAGCAUCUUGAUUCCAUAUCGUUACGUGCAAAAAUUCGAUAAACAAUGAGAGCAAGGAACAGUCAGUCUGACACAGUGUGCCCAACUUUCUUUUGGUGGAUUUUAUGAACUGAA